UAGGCAGCUAAAUAUGAUGAAAACAAUCAUGAGGUCACAACUUCCUGAAAGUGAAGGUGGAGGGUAGGAGCAGGGGGCCCUUAGAGUAAGAGCUUUCUUCAAAGUGGAAAGUCUUUCAAGUAAUUUUGCUUUCAUAACUUUGCUCCAAGGCAAAGUUCAUAGCUUAGUAGUCAAUAAUCCAUUCCACUUCCAUGUCUUCCUUAGCCCCAAAUUUACACUGGCUUUUCUUGCGGUGACUGGUCACUUUUUCCUCCUGUAAACAGUCUGGUUUUAUUUAGUCCUGUUCAUGACCCUCUGGGCACUUUAGAAUGAGUAAAAUCAGUGAAAGUGGUGUAUGGGAUGGUGGGGUUGUUUUAAAGGUGUCUUGAAGGUCAAAGAUGUUCUGUGUCUACCCACUCACACCUUAUUCACACACAGCCUGUCUGCCUAGCUCCUCAGUCCAAACACUGUCUGGCCAACUCUUAGAUCACACAAACCCCUCUCCCCAGCUUUCCCGUCUACUCAGUCCCUUCCCCUGCAUCCUCACAGCCUGCUCCACGAACUCUCCAUACUUUAUUGCCUCUCCUGUUCCCCAUCCACACAGCCAGUUAGUUACCCGCUCCCCAAGCAGGAAGGGCAAUCAUCCUCCAUCUCUGCAACCACGCAUCUCUGUCCCCGGGCGCAGUCGUUUCCUAGUCUCACUGUCCACAAAACCCCUGCCAGCUACCACUCCGAGACACAGUCCGUCCCAGGUUCCGCUACUAAGCCGCCAAUUAUCCCUGAUUCUCUGUCCGUGAAGCCGGUAGUCUCCAGCUCCGGGUCCCUGCAGCCGGAGCCCUAGGCCCGCCCCGUCUGCCCGCGCUGCGCACUACAACUCCCACGAUGCCGCGCCACCGCCCCCCGGCUUCCGGUGCUGCGCAGUUUCCGGAGCGGAUCGCAACCCGGAGUCCGGAUCCGACCCCGCUCUGCACAUUCCACAGGCAGGUGUCAGCAAUGGCUGAAGAUGACAGUGAGGAGCUCAUGUUUAUCUGGUGUGAAGACUGUAGCCAGUACCAUGACUCAGAGUGUCCUGAACUGGGUCCUGUGGUCAUGGUCAAGGACUCCUUUGUACUGAGCAGGGCAAGGUCCUCCCUCCCCUCUAACCUGGAGAUCAGACGCCUGGAUGAUGGGGCUGAAGGUGUGUUUGCAGUAACCCAGCUAGUCAAGCGCACACAGUUUGGUCCAUUUGAGUCCAGGAGGGUCGCGAAGUGGGAGAAAGAGUCUGUGUUUCCCCUGAAGGUUUUCCAGAAGGACGGACAUGCUGUGUGCUUCGACACUUCCAACGAAGACGAUUGCAAUUGGAUGAUGCUGGUGCGACCAGCACUGGAGCCUGGGCACCAGAACCUGACCGCCUACCAGCACGGCAGUGAUGUGUAUUUCACCACCUCGAAGGAUAUUCCUGCAGGCACUGAGCUUCGUGUGUGGUAUGCUGCCUUUUAUGCCAAGAAGAUGGACAAGCCCAUGCUGAAGCAGGCCUGCUCUAGCAUCCAGGCUACAGUCACCCCUGAGCCCAGUGUCCCCGCAGAACCUGAGCGUGGCCAGUGGGUGUGUAAGGUGUGUUCCAACACCUUCCUGGAGCUUCAGCUCCUUAAUGAGCAUCUCCUGAGCCACCUGGAGCAAACCAAAAGCCUUCCUGCAGGAGGCCAGCAGCAUGAGGCAGCUUCUGAGAAGGAGCCUGAUACACCCAGAAGGGAGCCUCCCACCGCAGCUGAGAGCAAGAGCAUCCAGAGUGUCGUGGCCAUCAACGAGCCAAAGAAAAGGCCUCGAAGAGGGAGGAAAUCAAAAGCAUCCAAGGUUGAGCAGCCUCUGAUCAUUAUCAAAGACAAGGAGCCUACAGAGCACGUGGCAGAGAUCAUUACCGAAAUACCCCCAGAUGAACCUGAGAGUGCAACGCCAGACGAACGGAUAAUGGAGUUAGUCUUGGGGAAGCUGGCCACCCCCACAAAUGAAGUCAGCUCAGUGCCAAAGUUCACACAUCAUCCAAGCAGCGCCAUUGCCCUCAAGAGGGGCUUGGUUCUGUCCAGCAGACACGGCGUCAGGCGGAAGCUCGUACGGCAGCUGGGUGAGCAUAAACGAAUCCAUCAGUGUGGCACCUGCAGCAAGGUCUUCCAGAACAGCAGCAACCUGAGCCGGCACGUGCGCUCGCACGGUGAGUGCGUGCACGGUGACAAGCUGUUUAAAUGUGAGGAAUGUUCGAAGCUGUUCAGCCGUAAGGAAAGUCUAAAGCAACAUGUCUCCUACAAGCACAGCCGGAAUGAGGUGGAUGGUGAGUACCGCUAUCGCUGUGGCAGCUGUGGGAAGACCUUCCGCAUGGAGAGUGCCUUGGAGUUCCACAACUGUAGGACAGAUGACAAGACGUUCCAAUGUGAGAUGUGUUUCAGAUUCUUCUCCACCAACAGCAACCUCUCCAAGCACAAGAAGAAACACGGGGACAAGAAGUUUGCCUGUGAGGUCUGCAGUAAGAUGUUCUACCGCAAGGAUGUCAUGCUGGACCACCAGAGGCGACACCUGGAUGGUGUGCGGCGUGUGAAGAGAGAAGACCUGGAAGCCAGCGGGGAAAACCUGGUUCGUUAUAAAAAAGAGCCUUCUGGAUGCCCAGUGUGUGGCAAGGUGUUCUCUUGCCGGAGCAACAUGAACAAACACCUGCUGACCCAUGGUGACAAGAAGUACACCUGCGAGAUCUGCGGGCGCAAGUUCUUCCGAGUGGACGUACUCAGGGACCACAUCCACGUCCACUUCAAGGACAUCGCACUGAUGGACGACCACCAACGGGAGGAGUUCAUUGGCAAGAUUGGGAUCUCCUCAGAGGAGAACGAUGACAACUCUGAUGAGAGUGCAGACUCCGAGCCGCACAAGUACAGCUGCAAGAGGUGCCAGCUCACCUUCGGCCGUGGGAAGGAAUACCUGAAGCACAUCAUGGAGGUCCACAAGGAGAAAGGCCAUGGCUGCAGCAUCUGCCACCGACGCUUUGCGCUCAAGGCCACCUACCAUGCCCACAUGGUCAUCCACCGAGAGAAUCUGCCUGACCCCAAUGUGCAGAAGUAUAUUCAUCCCUGUGAGAUCUGUGGGAGGAUCUUCAACAGCAUUGGGAACUUGGAGCGCCACAAACUUAUCCACACAGGUGUGAAAAGCCAUGCUUGUGAGCAGUGUGGAAAGUCCUUUGCCAGGAAAGAUAUGCUGAAGGAGCACAUGCGUGUGCAUGACAACAUCCGAGAAUACCUGUGUGCCGAGUGUGGGAAAGGCAUGAAGACGAAGCAUGCUCUGCGCCACCACAUGAAGCUGCACAAGGGUAUCAAGGAGUACGAGUGCAAAGAGUGCCACCGCAAGUUCGCCCAGAAGGUCAACAUGCUGAAGCACUACAAGCGGCACACAGGAAUUAAAGACUUCAUGUGCGAGUUGUGUGGGAAGACAUUCAGCGAGAGGAACACCAUGGAGACCCACAAGCUCAUCCACACAGUGGGCAAGCAGUGGACUUGUUCCGUGUGUGACAAGAAGUACGUCACAGAGUACAUGCUGCAGAAACAUGUCCAGCUCACCCACGACAAGGUGGAAGCACAGAGCUGCCAGCUGUGUGGCACCAAGGUGUCCACCCGGGCCUCCAUGAGCAGACAUAUGCGGCGCAAGCACCCUGAGGUCCUCGCUGUGCGGAUUGACGAUCUGGACCACCUCCCUGAGACCACCACCAUUGAUGCCACCUCCAUUGGCAUUGUCCAGCCUGCACUGGGCCUGGAGCAGGAGGAUCUGGCAGAAGGGAAACAUGGGAAGGCUGCCAAGCGCAGCCACAAGAGAAAGCAGAAACCAGAUGAGGAGCCCGGGGCUCCAGUGCCCGAGGACACCACCUUCAGCGAAUACCCCGAAAAGGAGCCAGAGUUCACAGGCAGUGUGGGUGAUGAGACAAAUUCUGCUGUGCAGAGUAUCCAACAGGUGGUGGUGACCCUAGGGGACCCCAAUGUGACUACUCCAUCAAGCUCUGUUGGCCUGACCAACAUCACCGUGACCCCUAUCACCACUACAGCUGGGACUCAGUUUACCAGUCUACAGCCAGUGGCUGUUGGACACCUUACCAACCCUGAACGCCAGCUACAGCUGGACAACUCCAUCCUGACUGUGACCUUUGACACAGUCAGUGGCUCCGCCAUGUUGCACAACCGCCAAAAUGAUGUCCAGAUCCACCCACAGCCAGAAGCCUCAAACCCUCAGUCAGUGGCCCACUUCAUCAACCUUACCACACUGGUGAACUCCAUCACACCCCUGGGGAGCCAACUUAGUGAGCAGCAUCCACUCACAUGGCGGGCCGUGCCCCAGACGGACGUGUUGCAGCCACCACAGGCUCCUGCAGCCCCGCCACAGGCAGUGCAACCCCAGGUACAAAAUGAACAGCAACAGAUGUACAGCUACUGAUCAUGCAGCUGCAGAGCUGGCUGAGCUUCAGGGAGGGCUCUGCAGCCUAGAGGUUUAUUUGCUGGGUACCAAACAGGAAGAGUAUGCACAUGACAGAAUCACUGAGGUUGGGCUAGCAUUGCAAAGUUACCACCUCAGCUGGUGCCAUGGCCUUUGGCCAGCAGGAGCUUAAAGCACUCUGGAGUUACACCAUGUGCUUCCCCUAGGUGGUGCUGUCUGGCCAGACCACAGUGUCACCCUCAGAGGUCUGCAGUUGUCAUGGGGCUCAGGGACACAGAUAGCAGGGUCCUAGAAGUAGGUGUGAUAUCCCGAGGACCAGGGAGAUUCGAUCUGUUUUCUUUAGCACUCCAGUGAUUAUACAGAAACAUGGGUAGCCUUCUCAGGCAGCACACAGAAGUAAACCCAGGUUUCUCCUUGCUCCUGAAUUCACAAGCAGGGACAAAGAAGUCAAGUAGUUCUUCCUCUGAAGUCUCAAUUUGUUUGUCAUAGGGCUGUGACCUGAGGCCUUGUAUGAGAAGUUUCAUGACCUUCAUGGGAGGCCCCUAGGUCAGGCACAAAAAGCAUCUUGGGAACAGUCUGUUCAUUUUAUUUCAUAACCACUUUAUGUAUUAUGGCCCUCUUGUGGCCAAUAUUGAUUUAUUUUAAUAUGAUAAAGUCGUUUGCACUGUAGGGUGUUGGUCCCUGUCUUGUGCACAGGUGCCUUGUGUGAGGGCACACACAGUUGUGUGCAAAGUGAACCCUCAUGCUCAAAUCCUAAUGCUCCUCAGAGCCAUCUCAGGACUCUGCCAUCCAAACAUACGUAUUACAUUGCAGCUUAGCCACACCCCUGAAUGGAGGAUGGGGAGUGAACUCACAUUUUCUUUCUGUGUAAGCCUUAAUUCCAAAGGUGUUUGUGUCUGACAACCAAUUUCCUAUGAAAUGGAGGAGUUCAGCUCUACAGGAGAGAAGUGUAGCUAGUGAUUUAAGAAACCCAGUGAAGGUAAGCUGGCCACACCCAGCUCUGGGAGACAUGGCAGCACCUGUACUAUCCCGGGCAGUAGGACAGGCUGUCAUCAUGGUGGCCACAGUCCCAGCACAGGGACGCAAAGAGACAAGGUGAGAGGAGAGGAGUCUGGUCUUGCUCUUCUUACCAAUUUUUAAUAUCACACAAAAGAAGAGGUUGAAGACAAACUUGCCUUACUUUGUCCUUGGUCCUGUGUUUCCUGGUUAUAGCCGGAUGUGGGCAGCUGCCCUGCUGAGACCCUGGCAGCUAACCAGCAGGGCAAAGGAAGCUGCAGUCAGCCUGGUGUCAGACGAGAUGCUACUUUCUCAGCAUCUCCUUCCAGAGAGCAAGCUUUGAGGAUAGGGCUAGAGCUUGUGUUAUACAGUUGGAGCCUAAGGAAGAGAUGGCACUCAGACGGGUCCUGCUGGUCUGUGGAUUACUUGGCCCACACCCUCUCCAUCCACACAGGCCAGUCUCACCUCUCAGUUGUUGGUGUGGUGGGAGAUUCUUGGACAGCUUAACUUAUGACAGUUAUUUUUAUGUUAUUUAUGUGUGUAAUUAACUGCUUUGUAUACAGUACCCUUAGCAGAUGAACUUGGGCGAGGGGUAAACUGUUUUCUAAAACAUUGCCUUCAUUUUCCAAAUAAAUAUAACUAGUGUAGGAAGCUACGGAAGCAGUGGGCAGUCCACAGUUCCUCUUUGCCUUUACAGCCUCUCAAAGAUGAACAAGCUGAGCCCAAACGACCAUUGAGCUUAGUCAGACACUUACUAACAUUUGGCUUUUAUUCUCUUCCUAUGAAAUAAACACUUUUGAAAUCACAUUUUUAUUUUAUAAAGAUGUGCUUUUGUGCCUCCAGUCAGGCUGUCAAAUCUUGUUGAAAGCCAGAGCUUGGGUUGUGUAGUCUCCCCUGCUGCCACUGUUUAAACACACGGAGGCAUCUGCUUCUGCUGUUGUAGCAGGAGCUCAGAUAAAACCAGCCUUGUGACACAUGGUCUUACCAGAGUCACUGAGUGGGGCAAGCAGGUUGUCUUAGCAUAGUUACAGCUACUCUGCAGACUGAGCUGUAAAACAAAGGCGUCUCCACACUCCAGCUGCCCCACAUACAUCAUAAACAUUGUUGAUUGGUGAGAAGUCUUUUUUUUUUUUUUAACUGGUCUAAGGUGGGCAGGCGCAUAGUUAUGUGUUCAACAAGCCCUGUGACUGUCUGGGUUCACAUAAAUAAAUGUAUAAUGGGAAUUUGCUUAAA